AUGCCGAGAAUCACGAUAUCUGGUGUGGGAUGGUCUUGUAUGGACUACUUGUUCACCAAAUUGGAUUUUUCAAGUGAGGGGUUUAAGAAAUACGAGUCGAGGACACCAGGUGAUGGUGGCACAAGCCCUGGGCACCUGGUGUUUAAAGAGGAUCUGGAAAAAUUCAGUGGUGUUUCUAUCGACGAAGUGCGAAAAUGUCAAAACUGGUACCGUGAACCUGACGUUUGUAAUAUUGGUGGACCUUGCGUCGUGGCACUAAUAAAUGCUGCACAGUUAAUGGAAAACAAUGAUGCUAUUGUUCGACUUUUUGGAGCCGUUGGGAACGAUGCAACUGCUGAUAGAAUAUUAUCAAUGGUUGGAAAGACACCAGUAAAUUUGGACAAUGUUCAGAGAAUGCCAGGAAGCUCGCCCUAUACCCUUUGUCUGUCUGACCCCAACUACAAUGAAGGUAAAGGUGAACGUUCUUUUGUGGUAAACAAAGGUGUUUUUGGAGAUUACACAAUAGAUAUGAUUAAUGACAGUUUUUUUGAAUCUGAUAUACUUUACUUUGGGGCUACCGCCUUGGCUCCUCGGAUUCACAAGAAACUUACUACAUUGUUGAGGAAGGGAAAGGAACGGGGGUGUAUAAACGUAGUUGGAACCGUUUUUGAUUUUCCCAACGAGAAAGAAAACCCUAACAAACGAUGGCCUAUGGGAGAGAGUGAUGAAUCCUUUGCACUCAUGGACCUACUGGUGAUGGACUGGGAUGAGACCAUGAAGAUCAGCGGUGAGAAAACUAUUGAAAACGCCAUGAACUUCUUUAUCCAAAAGGGCGUCAAGUCGGUGGUUGUGACUCACGGUCAUUUGGAUUCCUACGCGUGGUCAAGUGGGACUCUCUUCAAAGAGAUGGAACUUACGGCAUUUCCGGUAAGUACACAGGCGUUGCGAGAGAUAUCGGAGAACAAAGAGUGGCAUGGCGACACAACCGGUUGUGGCGAUAACUUCGCCGGUGGCCUCCUCGCUUCAAUUGCAAAGGGUCUCUCGCGGGGUUUGCGACCAGGAGAGUUGAGUCUUACGGAGGCACUUUCAUGGGCUCAUGCUUCGGGAGCAUUUGCGUGUUUUUACGUUGGCGGGUUAUUUUUGGAAUCACAACCAGGCGAAAAGUUGCGCAAGGUAAAGGAAUACCGUAAAUCCUACAAGAAGCAAAUGGGUUUACAAGACCAUCAUUCAUGCAAGAUUUCUUCCAAACUAUAA